AACUUGCUUCCUCGGAUAUAUUUGAACACUGUCCGUGUUUACCACACGGACGUUUAUUGCAGACGGACCCACUUUUGGGCCAGUGAAAAAAUAUUGGCCAAACACGCCUGAAGACGGUCUGUAAGUGAUUUUAAGACACCAAAAUCUACUAAGGUCAACGCUGAGCCGCUGACCUCCCGCUGCGUUCUGCUCAACCGCCGUCACGUCCAUCAUUUAACCGAGCUCCGCUGAGCUUUGCAGGGAGGAACAGCACAUGGGUCGCGGAGAGUGCUGGAGCCUAUCUCAGAUGUCAACGGGCAGGAGGCGGAAUGUGCGGAAUUUGGAAUGUGGGAGGAAACCGGAGUGCCUGGAGGAAACCCACGCAGGCAUGGUUAGAACAUGCAAACUCCACACAGUGGACAUUGUGCUGCUUUUUCUGGUGUGUGCGCCUUGGCCAUGUGGGAGCACAAAAUGACAGACAUGGAUAAUGCAUGAACGAGGCUGUCACAAUCGCGAGCUGACAUCCACAAAGCAAGUUGUCAUUUACAGCUACCCGAACGCAGGAAGCUACGGAGCAGGAAGCUAUCGCGAGCUCGCAGGUCCAGAAGAACAAAAACAGGCCCAAACCCGGAUUCUGUCACCACCGUGCUUGACUGUAGGACUUGUCGGGCGGCGCCGAGGAUUGCCGAGUGGAGCCGAAGCCCCUCCAGGCCGACCGACCGGAGCGAGUCGACUCUCCUCCGAGUCGGCGAGAAGAAGAAGCGUGACCGAGCAAGGCGAGGAGGGGGCGGCGGCGGUGGUGGGCUGAGAGACGGAUUCGACUCGCUCCCUCGCCUCGUCGCGGCUGCCUGUGUAUUGUAUACCAGUCGAGGACUAAUAUAAGCACACUUUUGUGUUGUUGUUUUUUGUUUAGUCGGGUGUUGAGGUGGAAUUUUUUUUUUUUUUUUUUUUUUUGCCCAUGCGCACACGGGCACCGAAUAGAUCGGCACACUCGCUUCUUCGACCUGGUCGGGAUAGGUCCUCGUGUUCCCCCCCCCCCCCCCAUUCUUCUAUCGUCUUUGUUUUACUCUUUCAAUUUUGGUCCCCGUGGCGUGGAUUUUCCGACGGCUGGCUCCGAAGUGGAAGAAACGGAGCGCUUCUUCUUACGGGGGAGGUGUCGGCGGCGGGAGGGGGGGGGAGACAUGCCAACGGCGGCGGCGGCGACGACAUCGAGGAGACUCCGUUUUAGCCUUUGAUCGUGCCAGAGCGGGACGCGUCUAAGCAAGGGGACGAGGGCCGAGGGCCGGAGCGGCAGCAGUGCCAAGUUUGAGACAUGGCGCCCCCCCAACUUAGAGGGGUGUGUCUCAUCCUGCCCCUGCUCCUCAGCUGCGCCGUGAUCUCCUCUGUGGCAGACAACCUGCCGAGCUUCAUCAAAUCCCCCGAAGACCAGACGGGAAUUUCGGGCGGCGUGGCGUCCUUCGUGUGCCAGGCCGCCGGCGAACCCAAACCCAGAAUCACCUGGAUGAAGAAGGGCAAGAAAGUCAGCUCACAGCGCUUCGAGGUGAUCGAGUUUGACGACGGCUCGGGGUCCGUGCUGCGCAUCCAGCCGCUGCGCACGCACCGCGACGAGGCCAUUUACGAGUGCACGGCGGCCAACAGCGCCGGCGAGAUCAACACCAGCGCCAAGCUGACCGUCUUCGAAGAGAACCAGAUCCCUCACGGCUUCCCCACCAUCGACAUGGGCCCCCAGUUGAAGGUGGUGGAGCGGACCCGGACCGCCACCAUGUUGUGCGCCGCCAGCGGAAACCCCGACCCGGAGAUCACCUGGUUCAAGGACAUGCUGCCCGUGGACAUCGGCAGCAGCAAUGGACGCAUCCGACAGCUCCACUCGGGAGCUCUGCAAAUAGAGAACAGCGAGGAGUCCGACCAGGGCAAAUACGAAUGCAUCGCCACCAACAGCGCCGGCACCCGUUACUCAGCACCCGCCAACCUCUACGUGCGAGUACGCAGGGUCCCGCCCCGGUUUUCCAUCCCACCCACCAACCAGGAGGUGAUGCCGGGAGGCAGCGUCAACCUGACGUGCGUGGCGGUGGGCUCGCCCAUGCCCUACGUCAAGUGGAUGAUGGGCCUGAAGGAGCUAACCCGCGAGGAGGAGAUGCCCAUGGGACGCAACGUGCUGGAGGUCACCAACAUCCGCCAGUCCGGGAACUACACCUGCGUGGCCAUGUCCUCGCUGGGGAUGAUCGAAGCCACGGCGCAGGUCACCGUCAAAGCUUUGCCAAAGCCCCCCAUUGCGGUCAUGGUCACUGAAAGAACAGCCACCAGCGUGACGUUGACAUGGGACUCUGGCAACCCCGAACCCGUGUCUUACUACAUGAUCCAGUACCGGGCCAAGGCGUCGGAAAACGGCUUCCAGGAAGUGGAGGGUGUCGCCACCACCCGCUACAGCAUCGGCGGGCUCAGCCCCUACUCCGAAUACGAGUUCCGCGUCAUGGCCGUCAACAACAUCGGCCGAGGGGCGCCCAGCGAGCCGGUGGUGACUCGCACGGGUGAGCAGGCCCCGUCGUCGCCCCCGCUGCGCGUCCAAGCGCGCAUGCUGAGCGCCACCACCAUGCUGGUCCAGUGGGACCCGCCCGAGGAGCCCAACGGGCACAUCCGAGGCUUCCGCAUCUACUACAGCUCGGACCACACGGCGCCGCUCAGCGCCUGGCACAAGCACAACACGGACGACAGCAGCCUGACCACCAUUUCCGGACUGACGCCCGACAUCACCUACAGCCUCAGGGUGCUGGGCUUCACCUCUGUGGGGGACGGCCCACCCUCCGAGGUCCUUCAGGUCAAAACCCAACAGGGAGUCCCGUCGCAGCCGUCGGGCUUCCAGGCUGAAACUGAGUUGGACACCCGCAUUUUGCUGUCAUGGUUGUGGCCCCUCCAGGACCCGAUCAUCAAGUACGAGCUGCAGUACUGGGAGGCCGGAACAGAAAAUAAGAUACACGUGACCUUCGAUCCUGCCGGCUCCUACGGCGUGGACGGCCUCAAGCCCGACACGGUCUACCGCUUCUCCCUGGCCGCCCGCUCCGAAAUGGGCUUGGGCGUCUACACCCAGCCCAUCGAGGCUCGCACGGCCCAGUCCACCCCCUCGGCUCCCCCCCAAGACGUGCAACUGGUCAGCCUCAGCUCCACCAGCCUCAAGGUGAGUUGGGCGGCGCCGCCGGCCGGCCGCCGCCACGGCGUCAUCGUCAGCUACACGGUCAGCUACCAGGCGCUGAGCGGCGAGGACACGGAGCGCCACGAGGUGAGCGGCAUCGGUGCCGCCGCCUCGGUCUACGUCAUCCAGGAUUUGGAGCGCUGGACCGAGUAUCAAGUGUGGGUGCGCGCUCACACCGAGGCGGGCCCGGGCCCUGAGAGCGCCCCGGUGAAGAUGAAAACCCAACCGGAUGUGCCGGGAGCGCCGCCCCGGAAGCUGGAGGCCGAGGCGGUCAACUCCACCGCCAUCCGCGUGACCUGGAAACCGCCGCUGCAGAGCAAGCAGCACGGCCAGAUCCGAGGCUACCAGGUGGCCUACACGCUGGUAGAGAACGGCGAGCCGCGCGGGCAGCCCAACAUCCUGGACGUGGUCUUGGCGGAGGAGCAGUUCAAUAUUACGGACUUCACCGAGCAUGAGGCCUUCAUUACCGGACUGCAGUCUGAGACCACCUACUCCAUCGCCGUCGCGGCGUACACCACCAGGGGUGACGGGCCUCGUUGCAAACCUAAACUGGUCACCACCACUGGAGCAGUGCCAGGUAAGCCCACCAUGAUGAUCAGCGCCACCAUGGGCAACACGGCGCUGAUCCAGUGGCAGCCCCCCAAGGACAUGGUGGGCGAGCUGAUGGGCUACCAGCUGCAGUACAAGCGCACCGACGACAACACGUUCACGUCGCGCGAGCUGCGCAGCACCGACGACCACUACACGGUGACGGGGCUGCACAAGGGCGCCACCUACGUCUUCCGCCUCAGCGCCCGCAACCGGGCCGGCGUGGGCGAGCCCUACACCAAGGAGAUCGGCACCCCCGAGGACGUGCCCUCGGGCUUCCCGCUGAACCUGCAGGUGACGGGCCUGACCCAGUCCAGCACCCAGCUGACGUGGGACCCGCCCCUGUUGGCCGAGAGGAACGGCAAGAUCGUCUACUACGUGGUGGUCUACCGGGACAUCAACAGCCAGCAGAACAGCACCAACCGCACGGCCGACAACCGCAUGACCAUACUGGGCCUCAACCCCGACACCACCUACGACAUCCGCGUGCAGGCGUACACCAGCAAGGGCGCAGGACCCCUGAGUCCCAGCAUCCAGAGCAGGACCAUGUCUAAUGAUUUUCCCACACUGAACUUUGGCGUCAAAGCAGUCAUGAAGACAUCGGUGCUCCUCACCUGGGAUUUUCCGCCGAACUACAAGUCCCAAGUGCCUUUUAAGAUCUUGUACAACCAGCAGAGCGUGGAGGUGCAGGGCAACCUGAAGCGGAAGCUGAUCACGCAGCUGCAGCCCGACACCGACUACUCCUUCGUGCUGACCAGCCGCGGCAACAUCGCCGGCGGUCUGCAGCAGCAGGUGUCCAUCCGCACCGCCCCCGACCUCAUCAAAACCAAGCCCGUGUACGCCUCCCAUCAGGCGCAGGGCGGCAAGAUGACCGUUAACCUGCCCAAGGUCCAGACCACCACGCGUGUCAGGUGGUACUACAUCGUGGUUCUGCCCGUGUCCCAGUCGAGCCGGCGCUGGAAGAAUCCGGAUGAGAUGGAGCUGGACGAGCUGCUGAAAUCCAGCGAAGGCCUCGCGCUGCGGCGGCGGCGCCGUCACCUGGACUCGUCCAAGCCGUACUUCGCCGCCAAGCUGGCCUCGCUGCCGCCCGCCUUCACGCUGGGCGACGAGAAAAGCUACAACGGCUUCUACAACAAGCCGCUGACCAGCGGGCAGGAGUACGUCUGCUUCGUGCUGGCCGUCCUGCGCUCCGAAGGAACCGACAGCGCCUCCAAUUACAUGACGUUUUCGGCCAGUCCCUAUUCGGACCCCAUCCAGGUCACCACGCAGUCGCUGGCUCAGGGGGCGGAGCAGACGGAGAUGCUGUGGGUGAUGGGCCCCGUGUUUGCCGUGGUGCUCAUCAUCAGCGUCGUCAUAGCCAUCCUGCUCUUUAAGAAGAAGCGGGCGUCGCCCUUGCCGAAGGAUGAGCACUCAGGUGGAGUGAAAGACUCCCUGCUGGCCAACUCCUCCGACCCCGUGGAGAUGAGACGACUCAACUACCAGACGCCAGGGAUGCGAGAGCACCCGCCGAUUCCCGUCGCCGGCCUGGCCGACCACAUCGAGCACCUGAAGGCCAACGACGGCCUGCGCUUCUCCCAGGAGUACGAGUCCAUCGACCCGGGCCAGCAGUUCACCUGGGAGAACUCCAACAUGGAAGUGAACAAGCCAAAGAACCGCUACGCCAACGUCAUCGCCUACGACCACUCCAGGGUGGUGCUCACCUCCGUCGACGCUGUGCCGGGUAGCGACUACAUCAACGCCAACUACAUCGACGGCUACAGGAAGCAGAACGCCUACAUCGCCACGCAAGGGCCGCUGCCCGAGACGCUGAGCGACUUCUGGAGGAUGGUGUGGGAGCAGCGCUCCAGCACCAUCGUCAUGAUGACGCGGCUGGAGGAGAAGUCCAGGGUGAAGUGCGACCAGUACUGGCCGGCGCGAGGAACCGAGACCUACGGCAUGAUCCAGGUCACCAUGCUGGACACGGUGGAGUUGGCCACUUACAGCGUCCGCACUUUCGCGCUCUACAAGAACGGUUCCAGUGAGAAGCGAGAGCUGCGGCAGUUCCAGUUCAUGGCCUGGCCGGACCACGGCGUGCCCGAGUACCCCACCCCCAUCCUGGCCUUCUUGAGACGCGUCAAGGCCUGCAACCCUCCGGAUGCGGGGCCCAUGGUCGUGCACUGCAGCGCCGGCGUGGGCCGGACCGGCUGCUUCAUCGUGAUCGACGCCAUGCUGGAGCGCAUGAAGCACGAGAAGUCGGUGGACAUCUACGGCCACGUGACCUGCAUGCGGGCCCAGCGCAACUACAUGGUGCAGACCGAGGACCAGUACAUCUUCAUCCACGAGGCGCUGCUGGAGGCGGCCACGUGCGGCAACACCGAGGUGCCGGCGCGCAACCUCUACGCCCACAUCCAGAAGCUCACGCAGCCGCCGUCCGGCGAGACCGUCACCGCCAUGGAGCUGGAGUUCAAGCGCCUGGCCAACUCCAAGGCCCACACGUCCCGCUUCAUCAGCGCCAACCUGCCGUGCAACAAGUUCAAGAACCGCCUGGUCAACAUCAUGCCGUUCGAGUCCACGCGCGUCUGCCUGCAGCCCAUCCGCGGCGUCGAGGGCUCCGACUACAUCAACGCCAGCUGCAUCGACGGCUACAGGCAGCAGAAGGCCUACCUGGCCACGCAGGGCCCCCUGGCCGAGACCACCGAGGACUUCUGGAGAAUGUUGUGGGAGCACAACUCCACCAUCGUCGUCAUGCUCACCAAGCUGCGGGAGAUGGGACGGGAGAAGUGUCACCAGUACUGGCCGGCCGAGCGCUCGGCCCGCUACCAGUACUUCGUGGUGGACCCCAUGGCCGAGUACAACAUGCCGCAGUACAUCCUGCGAGAGUUCAAGGUGACGGACGCGCGCGACGGGCAGUCCAGAACCAUCCGCCAGUUCCAGUUCACCGACUGGCCCGAGCAGGGCGUGCCCAAGACCGGGGAGGGCUUCAUCGACUUCAUCGGACAAGUGCACAAGACCAAGGAGCAGUUCGGUCAGGACGGACCCAUCACCGUGCACUGCAGCGCCGGCGUGGGCCGCACCGGGGUCUUCAUCACGCUCAGCAUCGUGCUGGAGAGGAUGCGCUACGAGGGCGUGGUGGACCUCUUCCAGACCGUCAAGACCCUCCGCACCCAGCGGCCCGCCAUGGUGCAGACCGAGGACCAGUACCAGCUGUGCUACCGGGCCGCUCUGGAGUACCUGGGGAGCUUCGACCACUAUGCAACGUAACCGCAGGCGCCGAGGGCGGAGCCUCUCAGGAGUGUGCCAAGUGUCCCAUCUCAGCCACCGUACGCCCCGGGAAGGAAAAAAAAAAUCAAAACAAAACAGCAGCACUCGUCCGUGUCACUGCGGGGGAGGCGCCAACGCGAAGGAUGGAACCAACCAUGUGACUUUUUUGUGUGCUUUUAAGUCUUGUACAGUCGCCAGCGCCACCUGCCCCCCGUCUAGCGGUACCGCCACUCUUUUUUUUUUUUUUUUUUACAAUUAUUGUUUAGCCUACUUUUUUUAACAUUGCAUCUUAACCUUGCUCCAGUGCUUUUAUUUUCAUAAUCGCUAAUUUUUCACAUUUUUUAAUGAUUUUUUUUUUCCUUUUCUAUUAUUGUUUUAAAAGAAAGAGGUAAUUUUUUUUAGCAUAACGACGCUAGAUGCUAAUCUCCUCUGAGCCAGCCGUUUAUCGUCUGCGUUGUCGUCGCGCGCUCGGGAUUUAGUCGGGAUGACAACAAAAGAAAGAAAAAAAGAUGACAGAUCUGAAAAAAAAAGAGAAGAAAAAAAAACUGCCUUUUCACUCGCUAUUUCCCUGAGGACGAGCACAGAGCGGCGAACGCUACGCAACGCCCGGAGAUGACGACGACGACGACGACGUGUGUACAGAAAAGCAAAGCACACGACUUUUUGUGUUGUUACUUCUGCAAAAAGGCCUUUGUACAGAAUGGACCAUUCCUCCCCAAACGUGACGCGCGCGCACACACUUGAUCUUAUUUUAUACAGAAAUAGAACUAUAAAUAUAAAUAUAUAUAUGAUUAUAUAUAUACAUAUAUAUAUGUACAAUGAUGCAUAGGUGUACACACAGCUUACCUUGUUCUUGAGAGACGCCGUUUGCCGUAUCUACUGUUCUGUCAGCAAAAACAAAACAAACAAAAAAAUGGACGAUUAACACAGCACAACCCCCCCUCCCAUCACCACACACACACAAACAUACACACGCCCCUCCACCAACAUGGCAGUCACAAGCACACGCCCCUAAAGUGGUGGUGGCGGGUGUAUAGGGAGGUGAGGGUUUUUUUUUUUUUGGGGGGGGGUGCUAUUUUUGUUCAUUUGAAAAUCUUGUGAAUGCAUCGUAAUGUAGGGGUGCCGCACACACACACACACAUCUGUUUUUUCUAUUUGUCGAUAAAGAACUGGAAUUGCAAAAGAAAACCUGUUAACGAAUGACAAGUUGUUAAAAAAAUGAAAAACAAACCUUGAUGUUAAUAAAGAUACAUAAUUGGGGUUUUUUGU